AUGGCAGGUGAAGGUGAUCAGGUUGCUAGCGACGCGCCCGUGCCCAGCGCUGUCGCCGACAGCAAUGGCGUCGAAAGUGGCAACCGUCCAUCUAGCAGCAACCCUGAACCUUCUAGUGACAAAAAGCGCGUGCGGACGGGCAGUCAAGACAUCGACAUGGCCGACGCUCCCGUGAAGCGCCAGAAAGGCGUUGCGCCAAUCAAGGCCGAGUGCGUGGCAUUACCAAACAUAUUCAUCAUCCACCGGAGCGACAAUAAAGCUGAGGUCAAGACUGCGCCUAUCGACGACGAUGCAGCAGAAGCCGCAGAUGCCCGCCACAAAGCAGGUGAUUCUCGCGACAACCGUGCUGGUGCCAAGGGCAAGAACAACAAAAAAGACAAGAAACAAAAAGGCCAGAACACAAGCCGUACCUUUGGGAGUUCACACGACAAGUUGCCACUAUGCGGUACCCGCGCCCUCUCCAAUGAGUUCUCCGCUCCGGAAUGCAGAUUCGGCGACAAGUGCAAGUUUGAGCAUGAUUUGCGCAAGUACCUGAAGGAAGGUCGCAGAGAAGAUCUGACGACUUUCGACGGCCAGUGUCCCAUCUACGAGGUCAGGGGAUACUGCCAUCUUGGCUGGAAGUGCCGUUUUGUUGGCAGCCAUUCCGAAGAGCGCGCCACUGAACAUGGCAGGCAAGAGCUAGUGCUCCGCGAAGAUGCCGAGCGCAAGGCAAAAUUUGCAGGCCUCGAGGAUGACGAAGUUGAAGUGGUCAAUAUCCUGCCCAAAGAAGUCCGGUUUGGUCUCUCAAGGCGCAAGAUUGGAACUCCGAGAUCAGACCAAUAUCUGGAAUGGAUCAACUCGAACAAGGACCAAGAGCGCGAGCUCUUCGACAACAAUCAGGGUGACACCGAAGCGCUGAAAGAGGAGAGAGAUGCGCGACGAGCCGAGUACGUUGAGGCACCUUUCAGGCCCUCCGAAAAGCGACGACUCUACUACGGACCUGAGACACCUGUACUAGCACCUUUAACCACCCAAGGUAACAUGCCCUACCGCCGUCUGUGCGUAGAUCUCGGCUGCCAGGUUACCUGGAGUGAGAUGGCCAUGGGUAUGCCUCUGAUUCAGGGUGAGAGGGGCGAGUGGGCACUCAUGAAAGCCCAUGAAUCCGAAAUUGCUGCCCCGAGGUUCCAGAGCAAAGGCACAGUCGUUCAAGGCUACGACAAUGCGGCGGACAUCAGAUUUGGUGCGCAAAUUGCUGCGAACAAGCCUUGGCUGGCGAACAAGACAGUCGAAGUCCUGACAGACAACUGCCCAAAGCUGCGCGCUAUCGACUUGAACUGUGGUUGUCCGAUCAAUCUGGUUUGCGAAAAGGGCAGUGGUUCUGCGCUUCUCGAUAGCGAGGCAAAGCUCGAAAACAUCCUUCGUGGUAUGAACUAUGUUUCAAAGGAGGUUCCUAUCACCGUCAAGGUCCGCAUGGGUACCAAGGACAAUCAUCCAACCGCACAGAAACUCAUCAAGAGACUCGUCCUUGGAGGUUACGAGGCCCUUGCGUCUGACAAGGGCACAAGCGGUGUUGCGGCCAUAACACUCCACGGAAGGAGCAAGCAGCAACGCUAUUCGAAGAGUGCAGACUGGUCAUAUAUCGCCGAAUGCGCAUCGCUCAUCAACAGGUUGAAGAAAGAGAAGGAUGCCCAGACAGAUACUGCAGCUGAAGCCGAUCCCCGUGAUCAGGCCAAUGGCGGACACGUUUAUUUUGUCGGCAACGGCGACUGCUACUCACACGAGGAUUACUACAAUCACAUGAACAACGCCAAUGUCGACUCGGUCAUGAUUGGUCGUGGCGCACUGAUUAAGCCGUGGAUCUUUGAAGAAAUUGAGAAGGGUCAAUAUCUCGACAAAUCUGCCACUGAGCGGCUCGCAUAUAUCGAAAAAUUCGCCAAGUACGGGCUGCAGACUUGGGGUUCUGACGAGCUCGGUAUCGGCACGACGCGUCGCUUCUUGCUCGAGUGGCUCAGCUUUGCGCAUCGAUACGUCCCUGUUGGACUGCUUGAGCACCUACCACCCAACAUUCAGGAUCGUCCACCGAGGUUCAGAGGUAGGAAUGAUCUCGAAACAUUAAUGGCUAGUGAGCAUUACUUGGACUGGAUCAAGUUGAGCGAGAUGUUUCUCGGAAAAGCCCCGCCUACCUUUAAAUUUGAACCCAAGCACAAGUCCAACGCCUACGAGAUCGAGGCUGAGGGAUGA